AUGCCAUCUUUGCGGCCGAGUAACGUGGGUAUUCUGGCGAUGGAAGUGCAUUUUCCAUUGGAUUAUGUCGCGCAGCAUGAGAUGGAGCAGUUUGAUGGCGUCAGCAGUGGCAAAUACACGCUAGGAUUGGGACAAGUGGGGAUGGCGGUGCCUGGAGACCGCGAGGACGUGAACGCUCUAGCGUUGACUGCAGUAUCGAGGCUUUUGAACAACUUUCAAGUCUCGUAUGAGCAAAUUGGACGUCUUGAAGUGGGUACAGAGACAUUACUGGACAAGAGUAAAUCGACCAAGACAAUCCUGAUGCAGUUAUUUGGAGACAAUGUCGACGUGGAUGGAGCUACAGUCAUUAAUGCCUGUUACGGUGGCACUGCAGCACUUUUAAAUGCAGUCGCGUGGGUUGAAAGCUCUUUCUGGGAUGGAAGAUAUGCUGUCGUUGUUGCUACAGAUAUUGCAGUGUAUGCCAAGGGACCGGCACGUCCUAGUGGAGGAUGUGGAGCUGUAGCAAUGCUCAUUGGACCAGAUGCUCCUAUGGUACUGGACUGUAGGACUAAAGCCACUCAUGCAGCUAAUGUCUGGGACUUUUACAAACCUGAUGUAAGUACCGAGUAUCCCACAGUAGAUGGCAAGUUGUCCAACUCGUGCUAUCUUCACGCUCUGGAUGAAUGCUACCAGCUUUUUUGUAAAAAGAGUGAGCUAACUGCACAAAAAGACAGAAAAGAUGUUGGCAUGGCUUCGAUCGACUAUGCGGUGUUUCACUCGCCGUACAACAAAUUGGUGCAAAAGUCUUUUGCUCGUUUGCUGUUCUUAGACUCGAGACGGUUGCUGAGUAGUGAUGAUGAGGCUGCUAAAGUGAUGUUUGCUCCGUUGAGAAAGUGGAAAAAUACACCACUGGAUAAGACACUGAACGAUCGUGAGCUGGAACUGGCUGCUCGGGAUAUUGCGAAGGCAGAAUUUGACAUUAAAGUGUCGCCGAGCUGCACCACUUCGCAGCAACUGGGUAACUCCUAUACGGCCGCGGUAUACAUAAAUUUGGCAACGUUGGUGUACGCGCGUGCCAAGGUUUUAGCACUAGGUGCUCGGGUGCUUAUGUUUUCAUACGGCUCAGGAAGCCUUGCUACCAUGUAUGUGCUCCACACGCGUGAGCCGACCGAGUCAGCUAAGGGCAAGUUUUCACUGGAAAAGAUGGCCAAGUCUUUGGACCUUACGGCUCGUCUUGAGCGUCGCAACAAAAAGACUCCAGAAGAGUACACUUCACGUAUGAAGUUACGCCAGAGCACUUUUGGCGCUAAAAAUUAUUUGAAACUUACACAGUCGAUUGCAUCCAUCCCUGAAGGAGAUUAUUAUCUCGAUCGAAUUGACGACGUGGGUCGCCGUUACUACGCUUGCUCAAAGCCGCGAAAUACCGCGGAAAGCAACGAACAGGAACGACGUAGCGUGUUCAAGGCAACGCAAGAGCUUGCCGGUGCUGUGUAUGUGGCUGGUACCAGUGUUGGUCUGCCAGGUCACGCUAAGGUAUUUGAGGGCGAAAAGUCUAUUGAGAAGCUCCUGAAUGGUGAAAACUGUAUCCACAAGGUCACUGAUGCGAGCAAGGACAAGAUGGUAGCCCAAAACAUUGUGCAUGUCCACAAGGACUAUACUACCGGUAAUGUGACACGUGCUCUCGUUUCCACUCGCAAAAAGUGUAUUCAAGUGUCUGCUAUUGCGAAUGAGGUUGAUCUCGAGAAGGACUAUGGUGUUGCCGCAACAAUAGCGCGCUCAAUGGACAAACCCACACAGCUGGCUGUGGCUGCUGGACUUGAGGCUAUUCGCAACGCUGGCCUCGUGGACGGAAUUGAUGCCAAUUGGAGCUUGCCUGAGAACAUGCGCGACUCCACGGGUGUGAUUUACGCUACAUCCUUCCCUACGAUGAAUGCAGCGGUGUCAGAAACCUCUCGUUAUUACGAAGAACUCAAUAAAGAAGACGAGUGUACGUAUGAGAUGGAUCGCAAAAUUCUCUUUCGGCUGCUUGUACUUGCGAACGCACAAAUCGCUCAACUUACUGGAGCCCGCGGACCUAACACGCAGAUCAAUGCGGCGUGCGCAGGCGCAACACAAGCCAUUGGCAUGGCUCAGGAUUGGAUUAAUUAUGGUAAAUGUCAGCGGGUGAUUGUAGUGUCUAGCGACACCGCUAGCUCGGAGGUCAUGAUGCCGUUAGUCGGUGGAGGCUUUCGUGCACUUGGUGCUGCAUGCAUCGCUCCUACGGCAAGUGCUGCGGCGCGACCGUUUGACGCAAAGCGUAGUGGUAUGAUUGUCGGUAGCGGAGCGAUCGGGUUGGUGUUUGAGUCCCCUCUGGCCUUUGCAGAACGUCCAGCAGCUGGUGCUAUUGACAAGAAGAGCGUGCGUCUGCUUGCCUCUCAGUUUAGUAACUCGGCCUAUCACGGUGCUGCGCUGGAGUCGAGCCACGUCGGACAGGAGCUCGUGCGUUUCUUGGAACGCGUAGAGAGAGACUUUAAUAUCACUCGUGAGGAUAUCGCUCGAAAUGGAGUCUAUUACAGCCACGAGACGGGCACGAAUGCAUCGGCUACGUGUUCAUGUGCUUACACGGAAGUGACGGCAUUACGUGCGGCUUUCGGCUCCGAGCUGCUUGCUCAGCUGAUGGUUGCAAACACGAAGGGAUUCACAGGACACCCAAUGGCCGUGGCGUUCGAGGACGUGGCAGCCAUUGAGGGUCUGCGCAGGGGAUGUGUACCACCUGUGGUGCACUUUGAGACUCAUGAUCCAAACCUAGGCGAGACUCCUCUUCGCCUUGCCCCGGGAGGUGCUUACGCUCACAAGUAUGCAUUGCGCUUUGCUGCAGGUUUCGGAUCCCAAAUUGCAUUUACUCUCUACACGCUGGAAGAUUGA